CGCCGAGGAGAAGCCGAGGAAACCCAGGGAUACUUGUUUUAUUCCACUGGGAAAAAGAGUCAAUAUGACAGACGGAACGCUCCGAACCCCAAUGGCGGAGUGUAAUAAUCUCAACGGCCCACAGAGACGACGGUCGCCGCGUCUGAGUUCUCCUCCGCAGGCUCACGUCAAAGCUGACGGCAAAAUGGCGCCGGCCUCUGUCGCUGUUAAACGCUCCAUCGCGGUGAGGAAAAUAGCGCCCAGGAAAACCGUCGCACCGUCGGAGCACGACAAGGAGAACACGCCGAGACGGUCGGUGUUGGAAAGCAGCCGGCAGAACAAACCGCAGGUGUCCACCCCGGGUCUGGUAGCGGGCCGCGGGGGCGCCUCCUCGGCGGCCAAGAAGAAGAAGAAGGAGGAGGAGGAGGAGGAGGCCGCGGUUCUGUCACCGAUCCUCCCCUCCUCGCCGCCGGCCCCGUCUCACCCCAAACAGCCGGCAGUGGACGCAGAGGACGCGGUGUGGUCUCAGAAAGUGCGCCGCUCCUACAGUAGGCUCGGCGACAAGUCCUUCAACAGCCCCGGGGAGAAGUCCUCCCACAGCCCCGGCUGUCGGGGCAACAUGUUCGGCUUCGACGAGCUGCAAACACCGGAGGUGGGUCCGAGGGUCCUGCGCUCCCGGACCGGGUCGGAGGUGUCCCGCGCCCCCCCCUCGGCUGCUCUGAACUCAUUCACGUCACUGCUGGAGGCGGAGCACUCGGCGGUCCUCGAGCAGGACUUGCACAUCCCCGGUGUGGUGGUGGUGAAGGAGAAGAGGACUCGGAGGAAGAAGGUCCAGCAGAUCGGCACCACGGAGCUGGACGCACUGGCCGCCCGGCUGAACGCAGAGUUCGACGAGGCGGAGGAGUUCGAGCUGCUUGUGGAGUGAAUCACGUGACCGGACGACUCGACACACUCACGUUUCUGUACAGUUCCUGCUCUGUGUACAUGUCGAUGCUUUGGAGUUUAAUAUUUUUGGUUGUGCCUUUUUUGUGUGUAUCUGGUUGUUAAGACGAUUGUUAUCUAGACAAGUAAAAACUAAAGUAGCGUUCUUUGUUUUGGUUCAUUAUUGAGACAUUAUACACAUUUUAUAUUGUGAUCAAAUAUCUUCUAUUUGUCAUAAGGUCCAACUUAGAAAAACACAAUUUGCAUUUUGCAAGUUUGCUUUUUAAAUAAGCGUUGACAGGGUUUUUUGUCUUGGAUCAGGCCCUUGAUAGAUAUAGAGGGGGAAUAAUGUGACGGUUUAAUCAUAAAUUGUUUGUGUGCUUUGACACACUAUUUGCAGGAUGUCAGGAGGCAAAUUGAAGAUGUGGCAUUUUGUAUUUCUUAUUUGACUGGAAAAGCACAAAGAUGUUUGCAGAAGUUCAGUGGUGACUAUUAUGCUGCCUUUUUAAUUCUGUUUUACAGCCAUUUAAAUGUCAUACCGUUUCACAGUGAGAUUAAGAUAUCACCAUGUUGUAGAUUUAUCUUUUUAAGCUGCACUUGUCCAUAAUUAAACAUUAAAUUGCAUGUAAAUGUAAA